AUGUCUGACCUCUCCAGCUCAGAGAUGAACAUGAGUGGCGCUCCUCUUCGUAUCAGUCUCAUCGCGGCAGUGACUCGAUCCAACGGACUGGGCUCAGGUGGAGGUCUACCUUGGACAUUGCCCAAAGAAAUGUCCCAUUUCAGACGAUGCACCACUUUUCUUCCUCCUUCUCCUUCUCCUCCUGCUCCUCCUCCUCGCUCCUCUUCUCCCCGCGGUGCCAAGUCCGCAUCUCCCUCCACAUCGCCCGCGAAGGAUCAGAGAAUGAAUGCGGUCAUUAUGGGUAGAAAUACUUGGGAAUCUAUACCUGAAAAGUUCAGACCUUUGAAAGGGAGAUGGAAUAUCGUGGUUAGUCGGAGCAUGAAUGUGUCACAACUAGGCGCGAGCGGGCAAGAAGGAUCGAAUGGCAGUCCCGCUCAAACAUUGCUGGCCAAUUCUCUCAAGGGCGCACUGGAUCACCUGUCCAAGCUUCAAUCCCUCCACCUCCUCGGACGAACAUUCUUGAUCGGCGGCGCUCAACUGUAUGCCCAAGCGCUGCUCACACUACCUCAACACUCCUCCACCGCAUCCGACGACCAACAACAUUCCUCCACCGCAUCCAACGACCUCCAUGCCUCUCCCUUCGUCCUAGACACCCUCCUCAUCACCCGAUUAAAGUCGGAUCUGAGCUGUGAUGUCUACCUUCCAGAAUUCAGAUCAGACGAUCAGAUCCGAUUGGACGAGAAGGGGACAAGAGAUGGUUCGUCGACGGUUAUAUCCGACAGUGCUGGGCAACAAGAGUCGAAAAGUCGAGGUAGGUGGAAGAGGGCUACGCAUGAGCAGUUCAACGAGUGGUUAGGAGCAACGGAGAAGGAUCUCUUGCCUGCUGGAGCAGUCGAGGAGAAAGGGCUAGAGUACGAAUUGCAAAUGUGGUUGCCCGCACAAUGGUGCUUUUCAAGCACGCAUAGGUCAUGA